AUGUUGCACUCAUCCUUUGGGGGAGCGCCGGCUGCUGAGCCUUUCCCCUCAUAUCAAUACGAUAGAUUCUACGACAACACAUACAACACUCAACUGGCUCUGUCACAAGUUACUCAGAGGCUAUCCCGAGCAUCUGCGGGCGCGGCUCUCCGAGUUGUUAAGCCUUCAAGCACAAGCACCAGCCCACGAUCGUCCGCUGCCAAGUCAAGAAGGCGCACAAUCAUCAACGACUCUCAUGCGGCGAGAAGACAGCAGCAAGUUCUGGAAUACAUUUCUUCAACACAAGACACCAGAGCGUUUGUACCAAGAAGGCAGUCACGGCCUGUCAGCUGGCAUCCGUCAUCUCACCUGCAAACACCCCAAGUUGAAUACAUUCCACAGCAAACGUUUUAUGAAUACCCAACCAUGCAACAUGGGUACCAUACCGCCUUCCAACCAUCUCCUCCAAUGGCAUCUUACUCAAAUAGCACCUCGCCAUCAUCAAAUUUUUCUCCACUGCCGUUGUCCUACCAAGCGAACGAGGCCAUGACCACCUCCUCAGCUGAUGAGUGGCAGGCAGCUAAUCAGUCGGCUCCAUACUAUCCCACUCUGGCUGAUAAUCAGUAUUUGAACGGUGCUAUCAACGAGAGGUCCCCCACCGAUGCCCUUAACUGGAACAGCUAUAUCUAUCAAGGCUUCAGCGAGACCUCUCCACCCACACCUGAUUCUUUCCUCCCUUCCGCACAGCAACCUCAGGCCGACGUUCCUGAGGCAUCUAUUCAAACCUUGGAUGAAUCUGAAGAAGAGGGAGAAAUUCUUAUCGGCAUGGGACUUUAUGACACACCUGGCAAAUACGAAGAAGAUCCACACUUGAACAACUAUCGCUCUACGGUAUCAUCUCUCCUUGGGUCUUCCUUCAAACACCAAGAGCCUACCGGCAAGGGUUUGAAGUUGGAAGAGACUUGGGAGCCUCCAAAAUCCGAUGAUGAAGAUGAAGAUGGAGAGGAAGAGGAAGAAGAUGACGAUAAUUGA